AUGGCGCUGCGGGGCGAGUCUGGGUGGCAAGCUGUGCAUUGCAAAGCUUUCGGCAAGGAGCGCUGGCUACAUUUGCGGACUGCUUUACGCCAGCCAGUCAACCACGUCGUGCUUGUGAACCCCUUCUUGUCAGCUGCGCGCAGGGAGGAAUUCUGUAAACUGCAUGCCUUGCAGCCGCAUGACACCAUCCCAAAUGUUUUCACGCCUAAUGAGCUUAUCGGCGGGGAGGAGGAUGGCGAAGGCGUGUUACCCCAACCAGACAACAUGGAUAGCGAGAUGCUUCCCUGCUAUUAUUUGGAUGGUGCGUCCGCAGUAGCUGCUGCAGCCAUGAAUGUCGAGCCAGGAUCAUCAGUCCUUGAUCUAUGCGCCGCACCUGGUGGCAAGUCCUUGAUGCUGGCUUCCACAAUGUUUGCCGGUGACCAACCUUUGCAAACGCACGAUCCUGGCCGGCUGGUUUGCAAUGAGAUGUCCCGGCCGCGAUUGCAGAGAUUGCACAGGGUUUUGUCAUCAUUCCUUCCUGCUGAGAUGCUCAGUUCAGGAGCCACCGGCCGGGUCACAAUCACAAAUGUUGAUGCGGCUUCAAUUGUGUGCCCUCUGCAACUCCAACGUCUAGCUCCGUUUGACUAUAUUUUAAUUGAUGCUCCUUGCACUUCAGAUCGGCAUUUAGUUCAUCAGGGCACUGCCUUGGCCCACUGGGCAGCUGGAGCGGUGAAAGCCAAUGCAGAAAGACAGCUGGAGCUUUUGCGCUGUGCAUCAGCGCUGGUGAAGCCUCGUGGUAUCCUGUUGUAUGUCACCUGUGCACUUUCCGAGACUGAGAACGAUGGCGUUGUGCAGAAAUUCCUCAAGAAGGGGGGCUUUCUGCCUGAAGCGGUUCAAGACCUCACAGGGAAAGGUGAUCAAACAAACUUUGGCGUCUUGAUCCUUCCUGAUCGGACCCCAUUUGGACCCAUGUACAUAGCACGCCUCCGUCGCGAAUAG